AUGGGCAAGAAAGCAAGUCCCGCAUACGUCCUGGGCGUGGGCAUGACCAAGUUCAUCAAGCCACGCGGCAAGGUCGACUACCACGAGCUCGGCUAUGAGGCCGGCAUUAAAGCUAUGCUCGACGCAAAGAUCAACUACGACGACGUCGACCAGGGCGUAGCAUGCUACGUCUACGGCGACAGCACCUGUGGCCAACGUGUCUUCUACCAAUUCGGACAAACCAGCAUCCCUAUCUACAAUGUCAACAACAACUGCUCAACCGGUUCCACUGGUCUCGCCAUGGCCCGCACAAUGGUUGGCCAUGGCGCUGCGGACUGUGUAUUGGUCGUUGGCUUUGAGAAGAUGAACCCCGGUAGCUUGCAGUCAAUGUAUAACGAUCGCGAGAACCCGACUGGAUUGUUCGGUAUGAUGAUGGCUGAGACGCGCGGUGUGACGAACGCCCCUGGUGCGGCGCAAAUGUUCGGAAACGCCGGCGUGGAAUACAAGGAGAAAUACGGAGCCAAGAACGAGGACUUCGCCGAAAUCGCGCGCGUCAACCACGAACACUCGAAGCGUAACCCAUACUCGCAGUUCCAGACCGAAUACACCCACGAGCAGAUUAUGAAGGCGCCCAUGAUCCAUGAGCCCCUCACCAAGCUUCAAUGUUGCCCGACCUCGGAUGGCGGCGCGGCGGCUGUCAUUGUAUCACAGGAUUUCUUGGACGCACGCCCCCACUUGAAGGAACAUGCCAUUCUCAUCGCGGGUCAGACUCUUGCCACCGAUACAGACACCGUGUACAGCAAGAGCUCGAUCGAUCUGAUGGGCUUCGGCAUGUCGCGCCAGGCAUGCCGGUCCGCUGUCGCCGAGGCCGGCGUGAACGUGAAGGAUAUCAAGGUGUGCGAGCUCCACGACUGCUUCUCGGCCAACGAGAUGAUUACCAUCGAUGCACUGGAGCUCAGUGAGCCUGGCAAGGCUCAUGAGAUGGUCCGUCGUGGGGAUAUCACCUAUGGCGGGAAGAUGGUCAUCAACCCAUCGGGUGGACUGAUCUCCAAGGGCCACCCUCUCGGUGCCACAGGCAUCGCCCAGUGUGCUGAAUUGGUGUGGCAUUUGCGUGGUUGGGCCAACAACCGUCUGGUUGACGGUACCUCUUCGGCAUUGCAGCACAACCUUGGCCUCGGUGGUGCCGUUGUCGUCACUGUCUACAAGCGCGCUGACGGUAAGGUCGCUGCCGCCGUGCCCUCUGAUGUCGUCGGAAAGAUCAAUGGUCUUGGAUAUAACCCUGCUGUCGAGGCCAAGGGCUUUACGGCUGAGCAGGCCAAGUCCGUCGUCAGCAAGAAGCACAGUGUUGCAUAUGCACUGUCUGAUACUGAGGAGCGCGUUCUCGCCCGAUUCUAG